UAAAUGGUUAAUGUUAAUUGAAACCACUUUUUGGAGAAGUGUUUUUGUGUCAAGAUACUGUGUGGUGUGCUCUAUAGUGUACUGAUGUUGAAUUUCAUUGUAUGAUUUAUGUCAUACACAUAUGUCAAUGCAUUCUUUACUGUUAGAAGAUAAUUUGUGCCAUGAAAGUGCUUAGAAAUCCCAAAUAAUGAUUAUUGUUCCUAAUGUAUGAUAUUAGAUUGCAGAUGCCACACAUGUGGAAGGUGCCAGGGAGGCUAUGGAGGAGGCCACAGACGAGCUCUCCCUCAUGGGCUCCUUCUCCUUUGUGCGGAGCCUCCCGCAUAGGGAUGAGCUGCUGGGGGCAGCCCUCAACUUCCUCACAGAGGGCCGUAUUUUGACUGCUCUCAAUCAAUUCAAAGAAGGGUUGGAGACCUUCGGGAUUCUAGCUCUUUUGAGGAUCCACCAUGAGGAGCUCAAGGGGGUCUUCAUGGACACACCUGAGCCGCUGCUGGCCUCCCGGUUGGAGUCCACAUUCAUGACGUCCUACCUGUCUGAGCCGGGCUCCAAUCGGAGGAGGAAGGAGGCCAGGACCCUUAUAUAUUGGAGGGACUGGCUGAUCGAGGUGGAGGAUGGAGAUACGAGUCUCACCCUGGGGGCGGUUCUGGCGUUUGCCACGGGCCUCAAAAGGAUUCCUGCUGUGGGUUUUCCCAUCGGACCCCGGCUUGAAUUCCUCCAUGAGGAAGAUGGACCGGCCCUUUUCCCCACGGCCAAUACCUGUUCCCUGGUCCUCAGGCUACCGGUGUAUCCGGAGUACAAUCGAUUUAAGGAGGCCAUGGAGGAAGGUGCCCAACCCCGUGGAAGGACGCUUGGAGUGCUCCCCCACACACACACAGGGAAGGACGCUUGGAGUGCCCCACACACACAGGGAAGGACGCUUGGAGUCCACGCAACGGACACAUCAUCUUACAUCAUUUGA